AGCUCUGCAGCAGAACAUACACAGAAUACAGUGAUGCAGAAAACUAUUCCUGGCUGUUUUUUCCAGCAAAUGUAUUCUUCCCUAACUGGCAUUUCUAUGGAGAGAGACCACAUGAAAGAUCUCAGAAGAUACCUGGUACUUAAAUAUAUCCAAUACCUUGUCCUGUCUUCUUCAAAUGCUAUCAGCACUUUUCUGGGCCUGCUGGGCAGUUUGUACACGAUGAUCAUCCUCCGGUCUGCAAAGGUUUCAUCCAAGUCCACUGUGGUUCUCAUUUCCAGCCUGGCGAGGGCAGACAUCCUGGUUUCUGUUAGCGUUGUAUCUGAGAUGGUUGUAUGGUCCUUUGGUGGUAGUGUCUCCUCUACGGCCUUCACACCAGCUCUGCUGCAGAACCUCCUCACUGCAAACACACACAUCAGCUGCUUGCUGCUAACCUGCGUGGCCUUUGAGGCUUACUUGAUAACCUUCUUCCCCACAGAGUCUCGACAUUUACGGACAGUGAAAAAUGCCAGACUCACAUCCAGGAUCAUCUGGAUCCUGGUGAUUGCAGAGUGUGCCCUUUUCCAGACGGAUGACCUCCUGAAGGCCAGCAGCACUUCUGUUCCUACCCACAGCCCUUGCAUUUUGUUGCUUCACUUCUCCAGCACGGCUGCAGCCCUUCUCAGGUCCCUCAGUUACUUCCUGGGGAUUCUCUUAAGGAUUGUCAAUGUAUACAUCUACUACAAAAUAUUUUUUAGCAUGUCUAACAGAUCUACACUAAAAGCAAAGUAGCAUAUUCCCAGGGGAAGCAGUGCUGCGACACCAAACAGAGGACACUUCAACACAAUUUCAAACCAUUGGUUUGAAAGCUGCUCAAUAACCAGGACCAAGGCUCAUGUUUUGGCACACCACCGAGUUUAAACUUCCCUGUUUUCCGAUGCUAUUUAGCCCUGGUUAUUAUGAUCAUCUUGGGGUUGAGGAGCCCCUUGGCGCUGAAACACAACAAAGUUGGGCUGUGGGUGCUCCUGUUGCCAGCCCUAGAGCACCAUGGGCCUGCUUUGAUUGUUCUUGAUCUAGAAUUUAUUCACUACUCAGGUGAAACAAGUGACAUUUCACAAAUGGCUGUAAAAACUAAAGCAACCCAAAUAUUUUUUAUGUAAAAAGGGUGCUUAGAACCUUACUCAGGGAUCCGUUGAGCCAAGAGCUGCCUAGUUGUAUACUACAGGCAUGAUUUAUGGCCUAAAAUAUCUCAAACCCAGGUGACCCACCAGGCUCAGGAGGUAUGACGGAGAGACAAGGUGAGAUCUAGCCCAACCGGGAUUGUCCCACAGGCGGCAUCAGCCCCACCAUGAGAGUCCCCAGGACAGAGCGGCUCUGAGCUGCCACACCUCACUGCACGCCUGGGGCUAUUCUUAGGAGGUUGCUACAACAAAUUGGUAAAUAGCUUCUCUCACAUCCCCCUUCAGAAACAAACAGGAGGUGGAAAGCCAGAAAGCACUUGUUUGCUGCAGCCCGACAAGGUGUGGAAAGAGUUUGAGAACGCCCUUGUGUUGAAGGCUCCAUGUGCUGUACCCGGAGGGAUCACUGGUGAUUUUGGUGGCUGUGAUUUCGGAGGCAGGGAGGGAUGUGCUGGAGUUAGCAGUGCUGUGCCAGCUCCCUGGGCAGCGGUGCAGAAGGGCAGGGCCACUCAUUGACUCUCUGACGGCAUUGGGCCUCAGGCGGAUGUAUAACCAGGCUGUUACCCAGCUGGUGAUUCAUUGGGAUCUCCUCAAAGCACUGGGAGGUUAUCAGCAAAACAUAAAGUACUGCAGAUACGUCAGAUGCUCCCCAACGCACAAGUGGGUGUAGCAUUUCUAAUUACUCUUGCACUUUGCACAGGAGAUGGCCUCCAGCUUCAAUGAAAGGCUGUGGUUUUGAGAGACUGAAUUUCUCUGAUAUGUUCUGAAAUCCACAGAUGGUAAAAGGUGGAAAGAAAAAUGAAAUAAGCCAAAUCCUAAGUAUUAAUAGCCAAAAAGCUACAUACGGCCUCCCUCCAACAUGCUUCCAGACCUUCAGUACACCUUGCCAGCCUGAACACAACAAUAAGCCUUUGCUCAUUUGAGAAGAAGAAGGAUGUGGGGCACAAAACCUUCCCUCAUUAGCCUGCAGUAGGUCCUCAUGCUCCAAAUGGGACCAGAUUGGAGGAGGAGGAGGACAGGAGCUGUCAGUUGAAGAUCAGACUUCACAAACCCAAGGAAAACUGCAAGCAUGGAAGAGCUUCCUGCUCUUUGCCCUGCUCACCAGCCAGUUUCUAAAUUUCACAAUCACAGUUUUUGCACGUUGGUCUCAGAAGUGGUUUUUUCCUUCUUCACCAAGAUGAACUUGACCGAAAGGCAACACCCAGAAAAGGGGCAGUGAAACUGGGUGCACCCAUCGUGCUGCCGGGGCCGGAGGUGGCCACCAGCAGGCAUUCUCUUCUUGAGAAUGUCUGCAUGAAACAAAAUAGGGUUUUUUGCAUGUCAGAUAAAGUCAGCUCAGUCUUAAUGAAAGGCAAAUAUCCUGUCCCCUGCUUCCGUUCUUACUUCUCUUUAUGUUCCAUCACAACCUUUGCCACACUCUCUCAGAAAAGGCUGAAUCUUCGCUUCUACACCAAGCAAUAAUAAUGCAGAUGUAGUUGGCUGGCUCUAAGGGAUGAAAAUACAACUGCUUAGAACUGCUAAAAUCUUUAAAAAUAUUCUAAUCCCUUUGGCUGCAGUAAUACACUGCAAAAAAAUAUGAAUAUUGCUAUUAUCAGAAUUCACAGAAGUUGUCUGCCCAAGUGCGGUUAUUUACAACAAAUAUCAGAAGUGCCAGAGAUGCUGCAGGCAAUGCAGGGCCAGAAGUGAGUGAAGAGUGCUUGGAAUUGUUUCUCAGAGGACUGAAGGGAAACACUGCUAAGGGCUGGCUAUUUAGCAAAAGCAGAACAGAUAUGUAAUCAAGUCACUUCAAAACACUUUGAUGCAAUCCCUUAAAUCAGGACGUUGUCUAACAAAACUGAUCCCUUCUGCAAGAAGGAUGUCUGAAUAAUCUGAUGCACUGUGAUACACUGUGCUUAUUCUGGAAGCUGCUUUCAGG